AUGGAAGGCUUAAGACAAAUAAAACUCCUUGGCCAAGGAGCUUUUGGAAAGUGCUAUUUGUGCGAGAAUCCAAAAGACAACUCUAAAAAAGUGGUAAAGCAAAUUAAUAUAUCCUCCAUGAGUCCUGAAGAAAAGAAGCAAGCUUAUCAUGAAGCCAAAAUCAUGUCGAGCUUCGAUCAUCCAAAUAUUAUCCGUUUUGUUGACGUAUACACAACAACAACUGGCAAGCUUAAUAUUGUGAUGGACUAUGCUGAUGGAGGAGAUUUGCAGACCAAGAUCAAACAGCAAGGAACCAAAUAUUUCACUGAAAGCCAAAUUUUAGACUGAUUUGUUCAAAUAUGCUUAGCAAUGAAGCAUGUGCAUGAUCGAAAAAUCUUGCAUAGAGAUAUCAAAUCGCAAAAUAUUUUCCUAAUGAAAAACGGAAUGAUAAAACUUGGAGACUUUGGAAUUGCGAAAGUGUUAUCUAGCACUAUAGAUAAUGCAAGAACAAUGGUAGGGACUCCUUAUUACUUGUCGCCUGAAAUUAUUGAAAGCAAGCCUUAUAACUUUAAAAGUGAUAUAUGGAGCUUAGGCGUGCUUUUGUAUGAACUUUGUGCUUUAAAGCCUCCAUUUGAUGGCUCAUCCCUUCACAUGCUUGCUUUAAAGAUUGUUAGAGGGGCUUUUAGCCAGAUUCCUCCACACUUUUCUAGAGAUAUGAGAACACUGGUAUCUCAGAUGCUAUCAACAGAUCCUGCAAAAAGGCCAACUGUUGCACAGGUUUUAAGACUUCCAUUUAUAAAAUCAAGAAUUCAAAAUCUUUUGACAGAAACAAUCAGGGCUCAAGAAUUUUCACAUACAGUUUUACAUAACCAAAGUGCUCCAAUUCUUCAAGGAGACCCAGAAAUCAGAGAAGUUCAAGUCCCAGCUGAACCUGCAACAGAAGAGCUUAUUUCAUUUGAAAGGGACACAGAAUUUGACACUUUCGCACCAACAAGCCCACAAGUUGCUCCAAAAGCAAAAGCUCCAAGCAAAUCAAAAUCUUCAGAAGCUGCUAAAAGCAAAGCGGCAAAGCCAGCAAAAAAAGAAACACCACUAGCAAAACAAGCAAUAACCCCAGCAAAAAAAUCAAAAGAAGAACAAAAGAAAGCCAAACUGAAAGAAGAGUAUGAGAAGUCCAAAAGAGAAGAAGACAAAGAAAGGUCAGAAAAAAUAAGAAAAGAAAGAGACGAAGAAAGAAAAAGCAUGAGAGCUGACAUUAAGAAAAAAAUGAAAGAAAAUAAGUCGACAAAAAAAGCAGGGCUAGUUGAGUGGAUGGGAGACCCUGAUGUUUAUGAAAGAGAAAGAAUGAUUGAAAGGCUUCAAGAAGCAUGCGAAAGCGAAGGGGUCGAAGAAGAGCCUGAAGACUUAAAUCCACCAGCUCCAGAAAUAGAAAUCCCUGAUGAAGAAAUUGUGGAUAGAGAAGAUGAGCUGGUAAAUAUUGGGACUGUUCAAGUUGCAAGUAAAACAGAAGGAAGCUCAACUAAUAAUGAAGUAUCGAUGUAUAAUAAGCUGGAAGAAAUGAGGCUGGAACUUGAACAAGAAAUGGGAGCAGAUAAUUUUUUGCAGGUUUAUAACAUUCUUAAAGAGUAUGUAGGGCAAAACGAGGGAGAUUGGGAUUAUGGAGUUUGCAUUAAUAGACUCAGAAAUAUUUUAGACACUGAAAAGCUAAAAGCAUACUUGCCUCGUGUUCAUCAAUUUCAGUAUUUAGAAAAAUCUGCAGAUAUAUAA